AUGGCUUUCAGCCAUGGGUGGAUGAUUGUGGUCCUUUGUCUGGUGAGGACGCUUGAAAUCUAUGCGCCCGUAGGCACCCCUAAUGCUGUUGGCACCUCAGGUGUCGAACCGCCUCGCCCAAAAGAGCCACCAACAGCUUAUAUCCGUGCCCAAGUCCCGGAGCCGGCGCCAUAUGCGGUUGCCAACGAUACGCGCGCUGGGUUUAUGAGCCCGCCGCGGCGGGCUGGCGAGGCCGCCGGCGGCGGCAGCGUCGUUAAAGACGUGGGUACCUCAUACCUGAUCUCUGCGCGCAAACCUGGCAAACGGCCCGCAAGUGAGCUACACGACCAGGAGCCACCACCUCCCUUCGCGGAGCUCAGCCGGCUGCCUUCCAGCAGCAAUUACCAGCACUUCACCCCAGCCGCAGCGCCCCGCGAGACACCCCUUGACAGCUCGGAUUACCGCUCUAGCAAGCGCCACCAUGGAAGUGCCUCCGUUGGGCCCCACACCGGCCCCUGGUGGCUGAAGCCCAACGCUGGCGCCCGCACAACCGGCGCCCCGCCGUCUCUGCCGCCGCCACGCAACCCUCAACUUUCAACAGAUUCGUUUCGGUGUGGAAUUACACCGUUCAGCUCUCGCCUGGGGAUGGGCAGCAGCGGCAGGCCUCCUGUCCCAGCCAGCAGCACUGGCGGCGGUGUCGGCGGUGAGGGGGCCGGGGCUGGUUCCCUAGUACCGGCUGCUGGCAGCACGGCCUCCAGCGACGGUGGUACAGGUGGUGACGGCGGCGCUGGAUCUAUCCUUCAGGACGCGGGGCGGAUGCAGUGGCAACGUGCUGUGCGGCUGUCCGUGAGCACCAUCCGGACGGGGGCGCGUGGCGGCACAUCGGUGCAGCCACGAUCCGCAUCUAUCAGGCGACCCCAGAAACGCUGGUACGAGGGCGGACCGGAUGAUGACGAUGAGGACGACGACGUCCUGGAGCCCGGAGCAGCGGGCGCAGGGAACGGCAUGCAGGCUAGCACCUUGGGCGUCGCAACACCGGCCGCCGUGUCGGGCCUAUUUGGCAAGGCAGCUGCGACAGCACUGGCCCUGGCCACGCCGCCUCCACCAGCGCCCGCCGUCACCACCACAGCGGCAUCGCCGCCAGCCCCGCUUCCGUGCUUUAGCUUUGUAGAAGCUGGAAGCAGCGGCGGCGCAGAGAAUGGCACGCCUAGCGCAGGGCUGCUGUCCCGUACAGCAGGCUCCGCUGCGGAUGCAUCCAAGCCUGUAGAAGCUCCCGCAGCUGCUGCCCCGCCGGUCAUCGCAGCUACACGUACAGGCGAAGGUAACUGUACCGCUCCAAGUGGCGCAGCCGCGCCAAGCGCGCCUGCGGGCGGUUCGGCUGUGCCUCUGGGCUUCUCUUUCGGCAAUGCGGUAGCGGCACCAGCGGCUACGCCGACAAGCACCACGGGCGCGGGAGGCGCACCUGCUGAACCCGCCGCUAGCUCGGCACCAGCUGGCGGUGCCAGCACAGCUGCGGCGACCGCUGCCCCUGCUCCAGCUGGCAGUGCCGCCGUUGUGACGCCAGCACCUACCGCUGCUGGUUUUAGCUGCGGUUCAGGCACCAGCGCGGCAGGGUUAUCUACCGGGACCGCCGGCGCUACAGGCGUGGCACCCAGCAUCAGCAUUGCGCCCGCUGCACCAAGCUUUUCGGGUUUUGGAGCCUCGGCGCCUGCCGCACCAGCAUCUGCAGCGAACCUCCUAGCAUCUGCCAGCGCGUUGAAACCAGCCGAGACGUCCACCAGCACGGUGACAGGUGGUACGGGCGGCAGUGCGGGCACGGAUGCUGCUGUGAAGCCCGCCGCAUCAACCGGGUUCAGCUUCGGUACAGCGCCAGCAACGUUUCCCGGUUUCGGUAGCGGGAACCCUACCACCGCCGCACAGCUAGCUGCAAUCGAGACAUCCACGCAGCCCGCUGCAGGGAUUACGACUCGGGGCUUCUCGUCCGGCGGUGCAGGCACCUCCACAACCACCAUAAGCAGCACAGCACCCGCUUCAGCGACUGGAACCCAGCCAGCUAAUCCCUUCGCAGCGGCCUCCAAUUCACUCACUCCCACGCAGCCGUUCACCUUCGGUACCUCUUCGACUGCAGUUCCGGCUGCUGCUGCAAGUGGAAUGACGCGAGGCGCCGCUGGCGCGGAGGAUACGACGGCUGCAACCGCAGUAGGGGCGCCCACGGCACCAGCCUUCGGGGCCACCACUACCGGAGGUAGCGCCGGUGGCGGCGUGUCAUUUUCCUUCGGCACUGCUUCCUCGGCUUCCGCAUCCUCCGGUGACAGAGCCACGCCAACGUUCGGCGUCUCCACGGCCAGUACUACAGCCCCAGCCACAGCCCCAUCUUUGCCGACGUUCGGUGGUUUCGGCGGAGGUUUCGGUGCCACUGCAGCUUCUGCCGCGUCCGCGGCGGCAAGCAGCGCCAUGCCGGCGCUUGGUAUGCCAACGGGCUUCGGCAGUACGACAGGGACGCUGACCUUUGGUGCAGCGGCGGCACCGGCCGUGGGAACAGCUGGGUUGCCUGCGACGAGCACUGCCGCGCCGGCUGUUACAGGCGGCUUCAGCUUUGGCGUUGGUUCUUCAGCGCCCGCCACGGGAGCAACUGGAUCAUCAUGCGGCGCGGCCCCGGCCGCCCCUUCUUUUGGCGCGCCCACGUUGGGGGCUCCUGCUGCCGCUCCCGGCGGCGCGGCGCCGGCACCGUCGUUUGGCGGCUUUGGGAUGUCUUCAACUCCCUCGCCGUCUGGCAGCUCAGUCCCUGCAUUCGGGGCGGCGGCAGUCACCCCAAGCUUUGGUGCGACACCGUCGCCUUUUGGGGGUGCGGCUACGAGUGCAUUCCCUGCACCAGCCGCAGCCAGCACACCAACCUUCGGUGCCCCUGCGAGUGCGCCUGCAUUUGGCGCAGCCACCAGCGCACAGGGCUUCGGUAGCUCCGCAAGUGCGCCGGCGUUCGGGUCAACGAGUGCGGCGUCCAUGACACCCACUUUCGGCGGCGGGUUUGGCACAGCCACAUCUCAAUCGGCGGCGUCCAUCAGCUUCGGCAGCACAGCUGCCCCUGCACUGUCAGCGCAGCCGAAUGCCGCAUCCGGCGGGACCACGGCUCCGGCCGCCUCUGGUUUCUCGUUUGGGCCCACCGCCGGCGGAGUGCCGGCACUCACAUUCGGCGGCAGCAGCGCACCUGCCACUAUGAGCUUUGGGACUGCUUCGUCCGGACCUUCCUUCGGCAGCUCUAGCGGGACUGCACCGGCGACGUUUGGAUCCCCUGCUCCGAACACCUUUGGAACGAGUUCCACGCCUUCAUUUGGUUUUGGCUCAGCUCCCGCAGCCAGCGGCUUUGGCGCCGCAUCAGCCCCUGCCUUUGGCUCGAGCUCAGCACCUACGUUUGGAUCAAGUGCAGGCCCCCCGGCCUUUGGUACCAGCUCAACUCCCGGGUUCGGCGUCAGUGCGGCGCCGGCGUUCGGAGCGGGCUCGGCACCAGCCUUUGGGGCCGGCGCAGCUGCUCCGGCGUUUGGGGCACCAAGUGCGGGGUCGUCUCCAUUUGGGGCCACGGCAGCACCCGCUUUCGCCUACCGCGACACCGUCCUUUGGCGCUCCUGCACCAGCACCCUCCUUCGGGGUCCCGCAGCAGAACCCCUCUGCCACAAUGCCCUCUUUCGGUGGAGCGCCAAGCUUCGGCACCGCGCAACAAGCAGCCCCAGCUUUCGGAGCCCCGCCAUCCAUGGGAGCGCCGACUUUUGGGACGGCAGCACCGGUGCCCUCGUUUGGGGCAGCGCCGCCUGCCGGUGGGGAAGGUUUCAGCAUUGGUGCGGCAGGCGGCGACCGACGCCGGGUGACAGCAUCAAGGAACAAGGGGCGUAG